GAAAAACAGAAAAAUUAUCAACUAUCAACUAUCCUCGUGAGAUAUGAUUUCAAAAAAUUGUAUAUAUGAUCUUUCUGUUGGUUUAUGUGUACUCAUUGGAAGCAAUAUCUUUUUAUUCAAGAGUCUGUUUUGGAAUAUAUCACUUUGUAACAAUUUAUCAACUAUUUGUCAGAGAAGUAUGGGCUCUCAAAUGGAAUUUGUGCCUUCGAGAAAUCAUGUAGCUUCAACUUGUUCAGCAUUCCAAAGUCUUUGGCAACAUUCAUUUCAGUUGGCAGAAAUUGCAGCUCCUUUUUCUAGCAGCAGGGGUAUUGCUACGACAAGUUCAAUGGAAUCGGCUCCACAAGGAUCUCCCGCAGUUGAUUCUGAUAUAACUCCUCGCAUCAAAUUUAAGCGGCUUGAUAAAACCUCAAAACACAUAAUGCAGAUUUUAGAUAAGGAAGCUAUUGGGGAAGUAAAAGCACAGAGAGAAAUUCCAGAUAUAAAGCCAGGCUAUAUUGUGCAGCUCAAAGUGGAAGUACCUGAGAACAAGCGACGUAUCUCAACGUUGAAAGGCAUUGUAAUAGCAAGACGAAAUGCAGGUCUUAACACAACUUUUAGAUUAAGAAGGCUAGUUGCUGGUGUUGGGAUUGAAUCCCUCUUCCCUCUAUACUCACCAAACAUAAAAGAAAUUAUGGUUUUGGACAAGAAGAAAGUGCGGAGGGCUAAGCUUCCCUAUCUUAGGGACAAAAUGAACGCGCUUAAGAAGCACUAGCAAGCUUUCUAUUCGGUGGGAUCAGAGGUGUACCCGUAACAAAGGUGCGCUGUAAUCAUUUUUUAGCAAGAAAUCUCAGAGUUUCCAUGAUUCCUUAUCCUUGUUGCAUGGAGAAUCGACCUUGAGUCAUUUACUUGAGCAAAACAUGCCAUCAUUUUAGUGAUUGGUUGCCUGAUUCCCCUUAUUUUUGGAAUAUCAAAGAGCUUGCUGACAUUAGGGGCUGUUUGUAAUGUGUGUGCCUGUUGUUAUACAAUACAGUCCAUGUAUCAACAUUAUCAUCUUUUUGAAUGAAGGAUAGAUCCAUUAUUUAUCAUUUACA